AUGUCUAACGUCAAUUUUGAAGAAGUUAAAGAAUUCUUAAUUGAACUUGCUCAUGAAGCUGGUGAUAUUAUAAAAUCAAAAUCUGGUAAAGAAUCAUUUGAUGAUAAAAAAAAUUCAGUUGAUCUUGUUACAGCAAUUGAUAAAUUAGUUGAAAAGACAGUUUCUACCAAGAUUUUCGCAAAAUAUCCAAAUUAUAAAUUCAUUGGUGAAGAAACUUUUAUUGAAGGUGAAACUAAAUUAACUGAUGAUCCAACUUUUAUUGUUGAUCCAAUUGAUGGUACUACAAAUUUUAUUCAUAAUUUCCCUUAUUCUUGUAUCUCAUUAGGUUUUACUGUGAAUCAAAUUCCUCAAGUUGGUGUUAUUUUCAAUCCUCAUUUAAAUUUACUUUAUAGUGCUAUAAAGGGUAAAGGUGCAUUUUUAAAUAAUGAACCAUUACCAAACUUAUCAUCAAAACCAUUAACUUUACAAAGUUCAAUCAUUGCUUUAGAAUCAGGUUCUGAUAGAGAAGGUGAAAUCUUUGAUGUUAAAUUAGAAACUUUUAAAUCUUUAUUAAGUCGUAAUCAUGGGUUUAUUCAUGGAUUUAGAUCUUUUGGUUCAGCUGCAAUGAAUAUUUCUCAUACUGCUACAGGUCAAUUAGAUGCUUAUUGGGAAGGUGGAUGUCAAAGUUGGGAUGUUGCUGCUGGUUGGGUCAUUUUAGAAGAAACUGGUGGGAAAGUUGUUAGUGGUAAUAAAGGUGGCUGGACCACUCCUGUUGAUAGUAGAGUUUAUUUGUUUGUUAGAGGUGCUCCUGAAGCUGAUCAAAAAAAAUUUAUUGAAGAUUUUUGGAGUAAUAUUAAAGGUCAAUUGAAUUAUUGA